AACGAUCAUCAUCAUUCUAUUGCUCUAUUGACAUUACGGUGAGCGUUUAGAUAGCCAGACGGGACCCUGUUGCGAUCGAGCUCAAUUCUGGCGGUAUGGCAGGGCUAUACCACGGUCAUGUCCUCGAAUUCCCUCAGAUCCGGAUAGACUGCUUCACCCAAUCCACAGACGCCAAACCGCAUUACAUACCCUACCCGUUACCUCCUCCCGAGGACGAUGUCAACUCGCAGGCCGGGCCGUCGAAGCAGAAACAGAAGGCUCCGGACAGGUCCGGCGUUUACCGAGCGCCGCAUGCCCAGUAUCUCCUUCUGACGCAUGCUCAUACGGAUCAUCUACACGGACUAUCGAACCUUCAUAACAACUGUACGAUCAUCUGUUCGGAAAACACGAAAGCCUUGCUACUCAAUUAUGAACGACGCAAGGACAGAGCGGAAUUCGAUCAGGCGAUCAAGCCGAUCUUGGCGCAGGCUGCGCGGGAACAUCAAGACGAGAACUGGGUUCAUCGGCGGAUCAAGGAGAGUGGGAUUCAGCAGAAAAAGGUGUAUCAGGGGUUGAGAGCAAAGGAAUUGGAUCGAGGCGGGACUCCCGUAGUGGUAGACUGCAUAAGAACGAUCCCGUACAACACCGUCAUCCCCCUCACGCUGUCCUCCUCUGCAGGCCCAUCUACUGUCAACCUAGUCAUGCUCGACGCGAACCACUGCCCGGGCUCAUCCAUGUUCCUCCUCUCCUCCCCCUUUCCUCCCUACACGUCUGUCCUCCAUACGGGCGAUAUGCGGGCAGACGAAGGGUUCAUACAGGGGCUGAUCAGGAACCCCUUGGUCCAGCCUUUUCUGCAGAGUUAUCCGGUCAAGAUGAGAUCGGGCGAAGGGAGAAUCAUGAAGGAUAUGAGGCUUCCGCCUGAAGCCUUUGGACCAGGCGGGCCUGGAAUACCACCACCCCCUAUACCUACCGACUCUUUUCUCGCCAACAGGGGGUUAUCCGGUUUGCGGCGUCGAUUGGAUCGGAUAUAUCUCGACACAAGCCUCCUCGUAGGAUCAGUCGAUAUGCCCUCGAGGGAAGAAGCCAUCGGAGACCUGAUCCAUACGAUCAACGCUUUCCCUUCGGAUACGAUCUUUCACCUCCAUUGUUGGACGUUUGGGUACGAAGAGGCUCUAAAAGCGCUGGCGAGGACAUUCGAUACGAGGAUUCAUCUGGAUCGGUGGCAGUUACAGAACCACUUGUUGCUGCAGGACGAUCCGCUCUUACAGCAGCUGGGAACGUCGGAUGCGAGUCCGUUGUUCCACGCUUGUCAAGGUAGCGACGGAGUUAGGGGAUGUGGGGUGAUCAAGCACACUCGGAUGAGGGUCGUCAGGGUCGAAUUCGUAGAGGAACACAUAGUGGAGCACGCGUUGAAGAUGAAGGAUAUUCAGCGCCAGAUAGCUUUUGCGCAAGUCGGCGAAGCGGAAUGGCCGCAGAAGUUUGUGAGUUCCCGGAGAGCGGUUUAGCUUGGUUAAACACUUCAGACCUGAUUAUCACGUCUUUUUAUGGACUAGUACUGUCCCUUGGCUCGACACGUUACCCUACCUGAACU